AUGACUUCUAUCAGCUCUUCCAAUAAAGAUCGUCAAGCAGAAAUAGAUCGUUGUCUUGAAUUGAUAUCACCAAGUGCCUCAGAUGAAUCAAAGUUUGUAGAUCAACAGCAAGUCAAUAGUGAAGUACCUGAUCAUGUACUUAAGGAAAUAGCUGUCAACAUUUUAGCUUGUUUUGCUCAUUAUGAAACUAUGGCACCCACACAAUCUAUGAUAGAUCGUAUCCCAGCACUCUCUAUCAUAUUGACACCAAAUGAUACAACCGACACCACAAAAGAAGUACUUCAUAUAUUAAUCAAUGUAUCAACAACAAAAGAAGGAUUAGUGAAAAUGUUGGAUCCUGAUGUUUUGAAAAACAUCUUUGAAGUAUUUGCUAAUACUGAAACAAGUAAAGAAGAACGAGAGUUAUGCACUCAGUUAUUAUUACAAACAUAUACUCGGUCGUUUCAACUGUUGGAAACAAAGCAAAUACCAAGUUUGACAUCAGCAUUGAAAUAUUCAUUACAAUCCACCACCCUCCCUAUUACAGCAUCAUUAUUCAAUCAUACUCAAGAUAAGCUCAAGAUGGAUAGUUUGACAUUAUUAUAUCAUAUUAUGAUGAGUGCAUCAAGUCAAUGGAUGCAAGCAUUGAAACGAGAUUGGCAGGGUACAACAAAAAAAAAUACAAUGGAUAAAUUUCUGGAAAAUAUGCGAAUGGGUUUACGACAAGUACUUGGUAGCAAAUUAGGCGAUAGAGUACGUGAUCAAGCCAUGGUAGUGACAUCCAGUCUUUUACGGUAUUUUGGACCAGAUUGGCUUUUUUCAUGGCUCAAACAAACCAGGAAGGCGAAACAAGAACAAAACAAAGGAAAAGGGAAAAUGACAUCUGGUGCAAGUGAAAUGUAUCUCAAUGCCAACUUUCCUGUCUUGUUGAUUCAUUUGGUGUCUGUGGAAUCAAGGGUGAUGUUGGACAUGGUACAAGAUCAUUGGGUGGCCAUGCAUGGUGGCGAUGGUAGUGGACGCAUUGUUGAAGUGGAUGAAGAAAAGGAGGCUCGGCAUUCAAUGAUGAUCCCCGUUUAUUUUGAAAUCUUGGAAUCUGCCAUUGAAUACUUGGCGGAUCAAUAUGAUGAAGAAUCCGAUAGUGGCAUGGACGCUGAUGUUUUGCUCAAGAUUAGAAAGGCUCUGACUGAAGUGAUGGAUGUGGUGAUGGAACUAGUUAAAUUUAUGCAAGAUACUGCUAACAAUGAGGAUGAACUGGAAAACAAUAUGAUUGCUCAAGCUAGUAUGCGGAUCAUUGCUCUCUGGUUGGCCGAAGAAGGAAAAGGGAAGGAAAAGGAUGCUUCAGAGAAACAACGUUUUGAAGUGAAAAAGUGGAAUGCUGUAGCUUUAUGGGCUUGGGGUAUAGAAUGUCAGGCAAAUCAAGCUUCCGCUACUUCCGAAGAAUGUACUGUUGCUUGGGGUGUUUGUAAUCAUGCAUUUCAUUUUCAUUGUAUCUCUCGUUGGUUGAAAAGUCGUCAAGUAUGUCCUUUGGAUAAUCGUGAAUGGGAAUGGCAAAAGUAA